CGCAAGUUUCUGGACAUUAAGAGCCACUGAUAUUAAAACCUGUUGAAAUGACGAAAUUACUAAAGCUUUCCAGCAUCCCCAUCAUACACAAUAUUAUAGUCAGGUCCUUACAUUGCCAACGAUGGAGAUGACAACGCCAAUCCAGCUAUUAACCUCCAGGUUAUCAUCCAUUAAUGACGAUCGCACGUUCUGGGUAAGACGGAAAAGAGGGAAAAUUUGUUCCUGAGUUACAAAGACCUGUUUCCCAAAUUAUCAGACUUUUCGCAUCAUCCCUCAUGAGUCAACUACAACCUCGCCGAAGUCUGAAACCCAUUGUAAACAACAGACUAUGGAAUAAGGCUCCUAUUACAACAGCAGAUGCCAUUGCAGGAGAGCUUGUCCAGAUGCAUGAGCAAGUACUGGUUGAACGUGAUCAACUGAUGCAACAAAAACUGGAGAUGGAAGCUGAAUGUCACAAGUUUGAAACACAAAACAUGAGUGACCAGCAAAAAAUAUCAGACUUGGAGCGACAAAUCAAAGAGCUGACGACGGGCAGCGAUCAAUUACGCUCUCAGGUCGCUGAACUUCGAGAGGAAAAUGCUUCAUUACAGAAAGUGGAUGCAGCGCAGGCCGUUCGCCUCUCGUAUUUGGAUGAAGAUGAUUCUUAUAACUUCAUUGUGGACGCCUAUAAUCGAAGAAGCGUUCAUGAAGGGGCCAGUAACCAAAAUGAUGAUCAUGAAUACGAACAAGCCGUACAAAUGGCCGUUGCGCUGUCUGCAAGAGAAUCUGCUACCUACAAGCGAGAAAUUCAUAACCUUGCGCUUAUUGUAGAACAUCAAGAUAUACUAAUACAAAAAUUGGAAGAAAAGCUGGCGAACCAACAACGUACAAUUAAGCCAAAACGAUCCAACUCCAGUAACUUACUACUACUAGAAGAUAUGGAAAGAGACUUACGUCGAGAGUCUAUACAAGCUAUUCAUCAAAGGAAGCAAUUCCAAACAUUACAUGGCGGUCAUGAUCAAGAUGGAUAUUCCUCACUGCAAGUACACACAUCCGUAGCAGGUUCAACGGUCAUUUCAACACCUAUAGCUAAAGCAGACCAUUCUACGGUCACAUCUCGAAGAACUUCGGCAUCCUCUGCCCUUUCUGGCAGAAAGAGCCGUUCCAUACCUCCUGCUACGCCACCUCCUCGUGAGCCGCUACCUCCACUACCACUUCGAGAAUCAUAUACCUCUUCAUCAGCAAGAACAUCGUCAUCUAGUGUACAAUCUUUUAGUAUUUCAUCUCCUACAACAUAUUCAUCAUCCGAAUGGGAGAAAUCAAGGAGCUCUUUGAACAACUAUCAAGCCGAUUUACAUAAUAAGGAAGAAGGAGAUACACAUCCUGAAGUGACAAGGAGUAGGAGUGGCUUUUGGCGGGGCCUUCGAACAUUCCUUUUCAUAGUUUUCCUUGUAUAAUUCCAUGUGGCAUGUACCACACCCCACUAUUACGUCUAUUUGGUCGAUGCUUAACCCCAAGCAGCCGUUGUGCAGUAGUUCACAACCAAAAAUCCUUCAGUUCCGAAACUCUAUUGAAGAAAAAUAAAAAAUUAGAUUGCUUAUUUCAGCCAU